AUGCAUCCCCUCGCUGCCUCAACUGCAGUCGCAGUGCUCGCCCUCAUCCUCGCUGCUCUCCUCUCACCGCCCUCGCCCUUUGCUUCGCUCCCGUCGUCGGUCGACAUGCUCCCACUCCCGCUGCAAGAGUGGGCGGGCUUACCUGGGGCGACGUCUCUCCCCAUCUCGGUCGCCGGAGUCACGCUCGACGUUUUCACCAUCCUGUUCGAGUGCCAAAAGAUCGGCCGUCGACAGUGUGGUCUCCCGCUUGUUCUUGUCCAUGGCUUCCCCACGUCAUCUUACGAUUGGCAUGGGGUGGCCGGCCGGCUCUCGGCAGACCGCAACGUUAUCGUCCUGGAUCUGCCUGGCUACGGCCUCUCGGACAAGCCGCUCCCGGCAGACUACGCAUACUCGCUCUUUGAUCAGGCCAAGGUGGUAUUUGCUGUCGCUGCACACUACGGCGUGACCUCGGCCGGCCUUGUCUGCCACGACAUGGGCGACAGCGUGUGCGAGGAGAUGGUGGCGAGUGCAGCUGACGGCGCGCCGCACGCCGUCGGCCUCGACAUCGCCUUUGUGGUCUUUAACAACGGCGGCAUGAAGAUCGACAUGGCUUCAUUCCGCUUCUCACAGGUUCUGCUGCGGCUCCCGCUCGUGGGCGAUGCCUUUGUGCGGCUCUCCAACUACGCCAUCUUCUCACGACAAAUCCGCUCGAUCUCGUCUGAACUCCUCACCUCGGCUGACAUCGACGCCAUGUGGGCGAGCCUGCUGUACCACGACGGCGCGUGGCGGCUCCCGGCUCUCAUCGGCUACAUUGACCAGCGGUUCAAGCACGGCGAAUCCCGUUGGAUGGCCGCGCUCCGCGCCACCGACAUCCCGCUCGGCUUCAUCUGGGGCGCCAGGGACACCGUCGCACCGCCCGCCAUGGGCGCCGCCAUCGAGGCUGACCUUUCCCAAGCUGGCUUUGUCUGGCUACCCGACCUCGGCCACUUUGCCAUGGUCGAGGACCCGGAUGCAUGGCUGAACGCCUUUGCCUCGCUCCUUCCACGCCUCGACACGUUGGUGGCUGCUAAAAUCGGUGGAACCCAUCAGUUCUCGCCCUCCUACCAUUGUGCUGUCUGGGUUCGCGAGUCCGCACCCGACCGCGACUUGUUCGCCUCGUGCCACGCUCCAGGCCCGUCACGCCUCGAGGGCUUUGUCAUCGAGGCUGGCCCGUUGUUUGGCCUUUCCGGCCCGCCGCCUCCAGUCGAGCAGCAGCAGCUUGCUGUCGGUGAUCUGGACGUUGACGGGUACGACGAGAUCGUGUUUGGUACCAACGACGGCGCCUUCUCCAAGGUCAUCAUCCGCUCCGAGCACCGCAACGUCACUACUACCGUCAACGACGACGCGAUCUUGGGCGUCUGGCUCUACGACAUCGACGGCGACCUUGACCUCGAUAUCAUUGCCCUCCUCAAGCGUGUGCCUCUUACUCUGGGGGCCUAUCUCAACCUUGACGGCCUUGGGGAGACCUUCUCGCCCCUCAACACUUUUAUCGCCGACGACGACAUCCUCCGCUUCUGCUCCACCUCGCUUGUCAUCGGUCACUUUGUGGGUGACAACUCAUUUCCAGACCUCAGCUGCAAGGACGAAGCCGUGAACCGGCCGUGGGUCGCUGCCGGACGGGCCGGCCUCACCUUUGACCCCGUUCGCGAGCUCAUCGCGCCUGCUGACAUCUACGGCUCGAAUCCACCACUUCAGGCCGACAUCUUCAACAUCCGCGACAACCUCAUCAGCACCUCCGAGCUUCCGCCGGUUGAGCUUGACGUCAACGGUGAUGGCCUCGACGACCUUGUCUAUGUCACGUCGGCGCCCAAGAGCGUCGCGCUCGCCGGCAUGGUGUACGUUGCCCGCGCCGCUACUCCCAUCGAGUCGGGUGGCAUCAACUACACCUACGGCUACGUGGCUCAGAGCCAAGGCGCCAUCCUUGCUCGGCUGCCCAUCAAGCUCAACACAGGCUGGUCUGCCUUUUCUGCAGUAGACGUCGACGGCAACGGCGCUGCGGACCUCAUCGCCCUCGCCAAAAACGUCAUCGUCCUCCUGUCGGGUCCCAUCGACGCCUCGGCUGGCCUCCGUCAGUUUACCUUGAUCACGGCUCAGUCACUCACGCCAGAGUUUGUUAUUGACACCUUUGCCGUCGGCGCCGCCAGAGGCGCAGGCCCGGAGAUCUUUGUCACCGACGUGAGCUCCUACAGUCACAUUGCUCUCCUCACCGCACCGCCGGUUUCGUCUCCCGAGGCUCCCCUCUUUCCGGUGUACAAGCCGCCGACCGUCAACCUUAUCGAGUUCAACAAGUUCCGUAACCCGGUCUUUGUUGGCCCCCUCGACGUCAACCGUGACGGCUACCCUGACGGCUGGGCGUUUUUCCUCGGCCGUGUCGUCUUUGUCGCCGGCUGGGCCGCGGCCACGCCGGACUCGAUCCUCACCUCGCCAACCUUUGAGCUCGAAAGGACUGCCAAUGUGGCCAAGACCGCCGUCGGCGCCAUUGAUGCCGACGGCGCGGCCGACAUUGUCUUUACCCUCACUGGCUCGCCGUCUACCUUUGCCUACAUCAAGGCCGCGGACGCGCUCGCCGCCACGCCUGCUGCCGCUCGCCAGCCGACCUACAUCACCGUCCCGCCCUCGCUUCCCGGCGUCCUCACCGCUGCCGCCGAGCAUAUCAUGCUUGCCGACGUUGUCGGUGACGGUGCCGGCUACGAUAUCAUCAUCACCAACGCCGAAUACCUCUACUGGAUCCGCAACGAAGACAACGCCGGCGACUACUCGGUCUUUGCCGCCCGCUUUGGUGCAGACUAUCCGACUCCGUCGACGAGCUUCAAGCCCAACGACCAUUUCAUGACAGUUCUUGAUGUCAACGCCGACUCCCGCAUGGACAUUGUCUUCACCUCGGGCGAUCUUGUGACUACCUCGGCGCUCUUUGUCUUCCUCGCCGAUCCCGCAGUUCACGGCGAAGCCACCUAUGGUGCCACUGCGCUCGCCACACCGUUUCUUUGCAACACCUCGUCGACGCUCGGCAUGCGGCUCACCGCACUCACACACGGUCUGCUGUUGGUCAACUCGUCGCCGCUUGGCGCCGACGGCACCCCAUCGGCGUCCGCUGUCAACCUCAUAUUCAAUGUCGAGGCGGCCAAGAACCAAUACUGGGCAUGCGAGCUUCCGCUUCCCGGCGCCUCGGCCGGUCCCGCACCCCAGCCGCGCUUGUUUGCCACCCAGGCCGGAGACCAAGGUCGAUUCGGCUCAUCGAUUCGGCUCGUCGACGCCAACGGCGACGGCGUCACCGACAUCACUGGCCUCGACGGCAACUCGGGCACAGGCUUCAACGUAGCACUCGGCAAGAUCAGCGCCGUGGGCAAGUUUGAACUGGCAUUGCCCGCAAAGUUGGUUGACUUUACCGGCGUCCCAGCAGUCAGCGCCUUUCCUGUCGACGCCGACGCUGACGGCGUCAUCGACCUGGUGUUUUCCGACGCGACAGGUGGCCUUGCUCGCGCUUCGACCCGCUUUGGCUCAUCAGCCAUUCUCCGCGGCUCUGUCGCUGCCGUCGACGUGGCCACCUGCGGCUACACCGUCGACUGUAUCGCUGCUGCGCUUGCUCAGCUCCCGCCGUCUGCAACCUGGACCGAGCUCCUCCUCCCACCCGGCCGCUACACCGGCUGCGCCCCACUCGGCCUCCCGAUCCGGCCUGGCGUCGCCGUUCGGCUUGUUGGCCCACCGCAGGACGCGGCCGGCGCCAACCACGUUGCCCUCGACUGCCAGGGCUCCGGUGUUCUGUUCUCGGUUGCCGGAUUGCGGACAAAGCUCGGGCUCACCAACGUCAACAUCAAGGCCACUGCUGUUGCGCUCGACGCCGGCCUCGCAGCUAACGAUGCGACCCCGUACCCGCACGCUGCUAUUGUCGCCCUAGAUGGCGCAGAGCUUGUGCUCUCCAACGUUCGCUUUGACAAUUGCUCGUCACUUGCUGCCACCCGAUCCGCCGCGGCUGAUUCGGCCCACACCGGCUACGGCUCGGCGGUCUUUGUUGCCGGACCAGCAUCUGCCCGGCUUGAGCAUGUGGUCCUUUCCGGGAACCGCGCGUAUGCAUCCGGUGGCGCCAUCGCUGCCGUGGGAGAGAGCGUGCGUCUCGAGCUUAUUGAUGUCAACGCUGUCGACAACUCGGCCAUGGAUGGCUCUGGUGGCGCCGUCAUGUUUGCCGGUACGGGGCUCAAGUCCCAGCUCGAGGUCACUCGCCUCACCGCAUCGGCCAACACAGCCUCGCUCGGCUUCGGCGGCGUGCUCGCCAUCGCUAUCCCGGCUACCUCUGGUGUCGGCACUAUCUCGGUCACUGACUCCGUCUUUACCAACAACGCCGCUCAAUACGGUGCUGGCAUCGGCGUCUUGCCGGCCCCUGCCGCGCUCGCAGCCUUUAACGCCGGCAAUCUCAAGUUGACGGGCAUGACCAAGGUUGGACUUUCGCUCACUGGCCUGCAAUGCACCGAAAACACCGCGUCAGUCGCCGGUGGCUGCCUCUUCUCCAAAGCCUCCCACGCCGCAAUUGCCAUUGCUGGCGCAGUUUGGCGCGACAAUGUCGCCGUCUUUGGCGGCGCUCUCGGUGGCGUGUUCACUGGCUACCUGCCACUUCCGGCCACGCCUGAUCUCAAGCUCGUCGCGCCGCGCGCUGACGAACAGGCCGAUACCAUCGGACUGGCUGCGCUCGGGUCACGAGCAGCCGGCUACACUGACGCCAUCGGCGGCAUCUUCUUUUCUGGACCAGUAGACUCGAUCAUCCGCGACAAUGUUGCUGACUACGGUGGCGCCAUCUUUGGUUGCCAGAUGCCGAUGGUCUUCUCCGACGGGGGUGUCGACGACGCUGCGCUUCCGUCGUGGAUGAACCUCAACGCCGGGCUAAAUGGCGGAGCUCAGGCCAAGGACGGCUCGACGCUCUUCCUCUGCACCCCGCGCACCGGCAGCCUUCCGGCAAUGGCACCGCGCGCGCUGGUCAAGGCGCCGCUAGAGUUCUUGAUUCCCGGCCGUGAUGCCUUCCUCCGGCCCGGCCCGCUCUCUCCGCCGAUCGUCCCAGUCCGACCUGUGUCGACACCGCCGUACGCACUCAUGCUGGAGAGCAGUGUGCCGUCAACAGCCGUCUCGGGUGUGGCUUUUGGUACCGGGCGGGUGGGCGUAGUCGAUGCGCUUGGACAAGCUGUCGACUCGAGUAGCCUCGAGCUUGAGCUCACGCUCGAUGUGGCGGCUGGCGCCAGCCUCGGUCUCGUGCUGCCUGGCGACGCGCUCUUCGUCGGGCCGCUGGUUGCUGCUGGCGGCGCAAGCAUAGCACAGUCGAUCAAGCUCCCGCUGACUGGCUCUGGAACAAGCGCCGGAUUUGACCUGGCUUUGGUGGCGCUUGCCGGUGCCACCGCUGAUCAGGUGCCGAUUGCACGAGCUGUCUCGUUCCCGACGCCGGCGGUGCCUGUGGUCGCGACGCUUCUUGCCGGACCCCCACCAGCGCCAGCGCUUGUCGGACCGCCGCCGGCGGCGGCCACACUCCCAAUCUCGGUCCCGAUCUCGGCCUGCGGUCCCGGCAUGGGCGCCUCGGCCGUGCCCCCGCCGCCGCUCACUGCCGCGCCAACGCUGCUCCUCUGCAUCACCUGCCCGCCGAACACGUACUCGGGCGCAACGUCGGCCGAUCCGUGCACGCCGUGUCCGACUGGCGCGUUUGCCGACGGAAACGGAAACACCAACUGCACCACAUGUCCGGCGCUCUCGACGCCGCUGCCGUCACUCGGUGGUACAACCUGCACCUGCCUGCCCGGCGCAUACUCUGCUGACAAGAGCGGCUCGCCGCCUUGCCUGCCGUGUCCGACCGGCGGAGUGUGCGCCGGCGGAGGUAGCCCAGCCCAGCCUGCGCCCGGCUUUGCGCCGUCCGACUCGAGCCCGGACGGCUUUGUCUCAUGUGGAUCCGGCCCUGGCUGCGGCUCGCAGGGCUGCAAGCGCGGCUACCGCGGUCCCGAGUGCACUGACUGUGAGCAAGACUUUUUCAAGCUCGGCCAGCGGUGCACCAAGUGUGACGGGCGGGUGGUGCCGAUGAUCCUGGUCCUCUUCGUCCUUGGCAUCGCUGUCGCCGGUGCGCUCCUCUGGUUCAACACCCGGACCGGGGAGGUCCACAAGUUUGGCGCCAUCAUGAUCGGGCUCAACUCGCUGCAGAUCACCGCCAUCUACGGCAAGCUCGCGCUCAACUGGGGUACCCUCGGCGAGACGUGGAUGGUCAUCACCUCGCUCUCGACAUACAACCUCGACCUGCUCACGCUCGAGUGCCUCAACGAUGAAGUCAAGUGGAAGGUGAAGUGGAUCUUCACGCUCUGCCUCCCGCUCCUGUUCAUCAUUCCCUUUGCCAUUGUCUUUGUCGUCGGGCUAUUCUUUGUCCGCCGGGCGGCCAAAAAGACAAACGAGACGGUGGAGGAGGCCGAGGUCGGCGACGAUCUUCACUCGCAGGACGACGAGGUGGCUAUGACGCGCGACUCGCUCGUCGAUGCCACCAAGCGCGCCUACUAUCAGCUCCUGGGCUACUGGGGCCUGUUCCCGGUCGCUAUCAUCGGCACGCUGCUGUACGUCGUUGGUAUUCCGCUCGCGGUCUGCAGGUUGCUGUUCAAGAAGCGCGAACAGCUGAGCGAGCUCGAGUUUGCACUGCGGUACGGGUUCCUCGUCGGCCGGUUUACAGCCGAGGCAUUUGCCUACGAGCUUGCCAUCAUGGGGCGCAAGAUCGGCGUGGUUCUUGCCAUGGUCGUCUUCCGCGACGUGAUCAACAAGGCCAACGCCGCACUCUUUGUCCUCGGCGUGUGUCUUGUUCAUCUAACCCUCACUAUGCCAUACUGUGCCUCGCUCCACAACUCGAUGGCCAUUGUCUGCCUCGCCGCUGUCUCGCUUGUCCUCUGGGGUGGCACCAUGCAGCAUGACGACAUGCGGCCGGCAAUCGUGCUGGGCGGCAUCGUCCUCAACAUUGUCACCAUGCUUGGCGGCUUUGUCCUUGACUGGCGGCAGAUCCGCGCCGACGAAGAGGGCGCCGGCGCCGAGGCCUUUGUCGGCGCCCUUGACUACGAUGGCGCGCUUGUCGACGACGGCGACGAUGUCAAGGCUGGCCACGCUAUGCGCGGCAUGGACAGCAACAGUGUGAGCCUCGACAUCAUGGAGUCGGACCCCAGGCUCGAUCGUGCCGACACCGUCUCCAUCUCGGACGUCCAUGCCGACUCGCUCGCCGCCGACUCGCUGGCGCUGUCAAGCGUCUUGGCCGCCCCUGCUGCUCCCACCGGCGAGGACAUUGUCCCGCUCCCACCGCCGCUCACCGUACCUGGCAAUACCUCUGGCUCAUCGACGUACUCGAGCAGCGACUAG